GUCCCUCCCCCUGCCGCUGCAGCUUGCAGCUGCUGGUGUACACUGGUGGUGCUGGGGGUUGACGUAGCGUACCGUGCCCUUCCAGUGCGGGCAGUUCGUUUGGCGGGAAGCUCGACCACCGCCACCAACACCACCCAUAACAACAACACCACUCUAGAACAACCGCCGUCUGUAACGUCUUGCCAGCAUCGUCACCAGCUUCAGGCACGACACCCGCCAACGGCGACUAGCCUUCUCUUCUUAGCUUGGGCUUCUGUGAGGUCUCUGGCCCCCCACGAUUGACCACACUUCAUCCGGCACCUGCUCUUAACAUCUGCCAACAGCAUCCACAAUGGCCAGCAAGCGCGGUACCAAGUCUUCGGCGGCUGACGAGCUCGACGAGCUCUUUGAGGGCAUCGGCGACGACGCCGCUGCCCCCAAGAAGCCCACCACCAAGGCUCCUGCAUCAGCCGCAAAACAGAAGCCAGGUGACGACAUCCUAGCCGAGCUCGAGAGCGAACUGGGGGACAAGGUCCCCUCACGGCCACACACCCCUCGCGUGAGGGACACGGCGAAGCCCACUAAGCGCGUCGGAACCCCUACCACAGAUGCUGGCCGUCCCUCAACCGAAGAGCCCAAGUCUGCCCUCGCCCGAAAGUCGGGGGAGAGCACUCGAUCCCUCCACGCGAGCUUCACUCCCAGCGCCACCUCUUCCGAGCUGCAGGACACCGAGAAGACCAAAGGCGCCGUCGAACAGCAGCAGACAACAACAGCAGGCAGCGGCGGCGGCGGCGGUUGGUGGGGCGGUAUCUUGUCUACAGCCUCGGCCGCCAUGAAGCAGGCCGAGGCUGCCGUCAAGGAGAUUCAGCAGAACGAGGAGGCCAAGAAAUGGGCAGACCAGGUGCGAGGUAAUGUGGGCGCGCUCAGGGGCCUUGGUGAUGGUAUUGCACACAGGGCACUGCCUACUCUGACGGAUAUUAUGAACACACUCGCGCCUCCAAUUUCCCAACACGAGCGUCUUCUCAUCCACAUCACCCAUGACCUCGUCGGCUACCCAUCGCUCGACCCUAUCAUCUAUGGUGUCUUCAGCCGGGUUAUGGCACAGGUUGAAGGCGGCGACCUGAUGGUGGUACAGCGAGGGCACGAGAAUACCAUCAAGUCGCCAUCCAACGAGAAGAGCGGGUUCUUCUCUGGUGGCCAUAGCACAGCUGGCUGGCGCGAUGGCCCUUGGUGGCGGGAUGUCAGCUCCCCACGUGAUCUCGGCCUGAUCAAGGGUCUGACCGAGGGCACUAAGCUCUGCCGCGCCAGCGCCGAGGCAUACUCUACCGAGUACUUCGCGGCUUCGGGCGGCAUCGAGGGCGCCAGGGAGCGCGCCGUGGAGCCCGUCAGCGAGUCCAACCCGGUCCGUAGCUCCGACCUCUUUCUGUCGGUCCAGGCCAUUGUCACCGACGAGGACAAGAAUCUCUUCGCAGGCGCCGCGGCCACCGAAAAGGAGAAGGAGUCCACCGUGGUCGAGGAGGACAGCAACGACGCCCAGGUGUGCUUCGCGGUCUUCAUCCUCGACCCCGUCCACGAGAUCCAGUUCAGCGCCGUCAGCCAGGCCGUGCCGGCCCGGUGGGUCCGCUGGCUGGACGCCCCCAGCCCGCUGACCCCAGCGAGCAGUAACGAUGGCAACGGCCGCAGCGAGGUGGAGAACGUGCCAGAGGAGAUCAGGGACAUUGUCGAGAGUGGUGGCGUUGACCCCCGCGAAUGGGUGGCCGAGUGGGUCGAGGAGGUCAUCACCCUCUCCGUCGGCGUGGUAGCGCAGAGGUAUGUGGCGCGGAGGAUGGGUGUCGGCGAGGGCGGUAUCGGCAAGGGGAAGCGAAGGAUGGAAGAGGUUGUUGCUGAGGGAGGUGGUGAGAUGGCUCGGGCUGGUGUUAUCUAAUUUCGCUUGGUUCACUCAUAACACCAAGACGGGCUCAUGUUGUGUUGCGACAGUAUUGGAUUGAUGACAUGAUGAUAUUGGCAUGAGCCUUAGGAUUCCACACCUGGUCAUCAGUGCCCAGGUGAUGAGGUACCUAGAUGAUAUGGGUUUCCAAGGGAGUCCGUGUGAAGUCUCGGGAUAUUACGACAAGCGAGUCUAAUCUCAGACAGUGUGUUUUAUUGUACCACGCAUUUCUAGGGCUACAACGUCCUCCGCCAAUUUGAGAAGACCGAUUAUAACAAUUUACAAAGGGCUCAGUUGUCCCCACUCUGG